GCGCGGUGACGCAGCGGCUGUUGCUAGGGAACGCUCGCUGGGUCCUCCCCCCUCCCUCCCCCUCCCUUGCGGAACAGUCAGAAGGAAAGAAGGAGAAGGAGGAGGAAGGAGACGGAGCCGGCCGCCCUUGAGGCCCACCAUGGUGCUCAUCAAGGAAUACCGGGUGCUUUUGCCUGUUUCGGUGGAGGAGUACCAGGUGGGGCAGCUCUACUCGGUGGCCGAGGCCAGCAAGAAUGAAACCGGUGGUGGCGAAGGGGUGGAGGUGCUGGUGAACGAGCCUUACGAGCGCGACGGGGAGCGGGGCCAGUACACCCACAAGAUCUACCACUUGCAAAGUAAAGUCCCUCCCUUUGUGAAAAUGCUGGCCCCAGAGGGAGCCCUCAACAUCCACGAGAAAGCCUGGAACGCCUACCCUUACUGUCGAACAGUCGUCACUAACGAAUACAUGAAAGAUGACUUUUUGAUCAAAAUCGAAACCUGGCACAAGCCAGACCUCGGGAUGCAGGAGAACGUGCAUAAGCUGGAGCCCAACGAAUGGAAGAACGUAGAAGCCAUCUAUAUCGACAUCGCAGACCGGAGCCAAGUGCUUUCAAAGGAUUUCAAGCCGGACGAAGACCCCGCCCAGUUUAAAUCGGUCAAGACUGGACGCGGGCCGUUAGGACCCAACUGGAAGAAGGAGCUGGGCAAGCAAGGCAACUGCCCCUACAUGUGUGCCUACAAGCUGGUGACGGUCAAGUUCAAGUGGUGGGGGUUGCAGAACAAAGUGGAGAACUUCAUCCAUAAGCAAGAGAAGCGCCUUUUCACAAACUUCCACCGGCAGCUCUUCUGCUGGCUGGAUAAAUGGGUGGAGCUGACGAUGGAGGACAUCCGCAGGAUGGAGGACGAGACCAAGAGGCAGCUGGACGAGAUGAGAGAAAAGGAUCCCUUGAAAGGAACGUCGGCUGCGGAUGACUAGCGCAGACUCCUCUUGUUGCAUGAUUGCAGAAGCGCCAGCAGGAAGGCCCGGACGCUCCAACUCUUGACCAACGGUCCGCCUCUGGAUCUCCAGCCCUCCUCUCUCCGGUCGGCAGAGUCAACUCCGGCCUCCCUUUAGCUAACUCUAGUUGCCCUUAAAUCUCCGUGAGCAAACCAGCCGUCGUCCCUGGGCCCUGAGUGCGGUGGGCCUUGAAAGGAGGAUGAGAAAAGGGGGCCCACGGGGGGGACGGCUGCCACCGCCUCUCAAGAGCGUCUCGCCUGAUCCCCGCGGGGCGCUCUUUGAGUUCCUGCCGAACCCCUUCUUGUGAUGUGGUGAUUUAGGUUUCGUUAUCUGUGUAUAUAUUUAUAUAUAUUUCCUCCCUUCCUUCAAACACUGGGAUAAAACCGCUGCCUUUGUUUCUUUCCCCGCUCUUCACCUUUUGUUUUCUUUCCCUCUGCGGAGAGAGUGGGAUCCAGUAUCAGGGGACCAGGCCUCCCUUCGCUGACAGCAAUUGAGGGGGCCACUCUUGCUGCUAACAGGGUUUUGGACACACUCUGCCCCACCCACCCACCCACCCAACCACUGCUGCUUCCACCCUUCCUUUGUUGUUGCUUGGGUCAGUGUUGCUGUUUUGGCCUGGUGUUGAGUGGGAGUUCUGGGCACCCACCACCAUGUACUGGGAGAUCAUAGAAUAGCAUAGGCGCCUCUUCCAUCUUGCUCACGGCUGAUGAUUCCGAGCCAUGAGGCCCAUCAUCCCCUGUUGUAAGAAGGCUGGAGCAUGGGUCUUGGAGAAGGUCGCUUGGACAAUCCCAUGAGCAGGAUGGGACCAUGUACUGGGAGAUCAUAGAAUAGCAUAGGUGCCUCUUCCAUCUUGCUCACGGCUGAUUCCAAGCCAUGAGGCCCAUCAUCCCCUGUCAUAAGAUGGGUGGAGCAUGGGUCUUGGAGAUGGUUGCUUGAGACAAUCCCAUGAGCAGGAUGGGACCAUGUACUGGGAGAUCAUAGAAUAGCAUAGGUGCCUCUUCCAUCUUGCUCAUGGCUGAUUCCAAGCCACAAGGCCCAUCAUCCCCUGUUAUAAGAUGGGUGGAGCAUGGGUCUUGGAGAUGGUCGCUUGAGACACUCCCAUGAGCAGGAUGGGACCAUGUACUGGGAGAUCAUAGAAUAGCAUAGGUGCCUCUUCCAUCUUGCUCAUGGCUGAUUCCAAGCCACAAGGCCCAUCAUCCCCUGUUAUAAGAUGGGUGGAGCAUGGGUCUUGGAGAUGGUCGCUUGAGACACUCCCAUGAGCAGGAUGGGACCAUGUACUGGGAGAUCAUAGAAUAGCAUAGGCGCCUCUUCCAUCUUGCUCACGGCUGAUUCCGAGCCACGAGGCCCAUCAUCCCCUGUCGUAAGAAGGGUGGAGCAUGGGUCUGUCACUAGUGGAGCAUGGGUCUUGGAGAUGGUCGCUUGAGACCAUCCCAUGAGCAGGAUGGGACCAUGUACUGGGAGAUCAUAGAAUAGCAUAGGCCCCUCUUCCAUCUUGCUCACGGCUGAUUCCGAGCCACGAGGCCCAUCAUCCCGUCGUAAGAAGGGUGGAGCAUGGGUCUGUCACUAGUGGAGCAUGGGUCUUGGAGAUGGUCGCUUGAGACCAUCCCAUGAGCAGGAUGGGACCAUGUACUGGGAGAUCAUAGAAUAGCAUAGGCCCCUCUUCCAUCUUGCUCACGGCUGAUUCCAAGCCAUAAGGCCCAUCAUCCCCUGGGUCUUGGAGAUGGUCGCUUGAGGCAAUCCCAUGAGCGGGAUGGGACGGGUCUGACCCUGCCGUUGUGGCCGGGCCUUGAAGGACACAACCUGCCCCCAGCAGCAAUGACUUCCUUCUCCUCCCUAUGGCGAGCGUGGCCCCGUUGACUGCUUCUUGGGGGGUGGAGGAGAUGGAGGAACCAGGGAGGGCUUUGCUCAGGGAAGGUGGGCUUUCUGGCCCUCUUGCUGUCUCCGUUCUGUUCCUUUGCCUUACGAGGCCCAAGUGCAAUAAGCAAACUUCAUUUGUGAGAACUCCCCUUUUUCUUUGGGGAUGUGUGGGGCAGGGAGGUUGGUACUCAGCCCUUGGGGCGCCGGAAUGCACUAAGAGCCCCUUAAUGCCUCCUCUCCCUCUGGCUAAUCCCAAGCUGGGCAUUGGCAUUAACGUGCCGAACAUUUUCCCCCCCCUUUAUGGGUCACGACACGUAAGAGGAUCCUGCGACCUGAAUGUGUUAUUGUUUCCUCGCAUUGCUCCCACUUGAGUUCUGAGCCGAUGAGAAGGCUUUCCGACACAUCUCUAUGGGAACGGGAGGUUGACAUUUCAAAAAGAGAGACUGGAGACGGAGGGGAAAGCGCCGGCUUAGAAACCCGAAAGCUUUCCGGCUCAACGGUGAGAAAAGACUCCAGACUGUACGCCUUUUGUUCUGCGCUUUGCAACUUUGCUUAUCUCCGGCCUUUCUCCGGAGCCCCUUUCUGGCAGCCGCCUCUCCCCUCCGCCGAAUACUCCACGUAUUAUAUUAUUACUACUAUUAUUCCCCUUCCCCGCCCCCCUCGACCGGUUUGGAUUGGUUUCCUUGUGCUGUUUUAUUUUCCUUCCUUUCCAUGGCACCCCACUUUGUAGACUCGGAUUAGACGAUUCCUUGAUUUUUCUUUCAUGUGAGUUUGUGCCUUUUUUUUUCUUCGUCUCCCGAUCUUCUUCCGAUACAGGCCUAUUGGAAGCAACUCUAAUAAAAUCAUAGAUGAGAGCC